GAGCGCUGACAUUUCGUUAUCAGUUGUGUUUGUUUUCAUUAUCUCAGCGAGCUUUGGAUUAAAGAUAGAAGUGAGAGAAGAAAACAGUUCCUACAAAAUUUUAUGGUUUCAUCAGUAAUUAAAAGAAUCUUUAUUAUGUGUCCUGCCUGAUAAUUUACCCUCAUUCCUCUUUUCGGUCGCUUUUAUCACCAACAUGGCAGCUGCGAUCAAAGCCCCCGCUUCAGACUCAAGUGAUGACAGAUUCAAUUCGACUAAAAAACCUGUGCUAGUGUCGAAAUUAGAGGGAUGCGUGGAUGAUAUUAAUCAAGCUAUCAUUAUUCCUGGGCAAGACGGAGUGAUAAGUGUCAGCAAUGACAGGACUGUUCGAGUGUGGCUUAAAAGAGAUUCUGGACAAUACUGGCCUAGCAUCUGCCACACGAUGGCAUCACCAGCCACAGCUGUUCACUACACUCCUGAAACUCGACAGUUAUUCAUUGGCCAAGAAAAUGGGACCGUCUCGGAAUAUAUUUUAGCAGAUGACAUGAAUCGUAUGAACCAUGUGAAGGAUGUGCUAGCCCACCAAGGCCGAGUAACUGGAAUUCAUUUCUCUCUCCAUUGUGAGUGGGUCCUCUCCAUUGGUCGGGACAAAGUAUUUCAGUACCACUGUUCAGAGACCACCCGUCAGCGAGGAACAUUUUUCAGCACCGCAUGGUGCACUGCUCUUGCUUUUGACUCUCAGUCUAAACACGCAUUUGUCGGUGAUUACUCUGGACUCAUCACCAUGUUACUCUUGAAGAAUGAUGGGUCUCAAAUAAUAACGCAGCUGAAAGGUCACUCAGGAAGCAUCAGAACGUUAGCCUGGGAUUCGGCCAAGAAACUCCUGUUCUCAGGAAGCUUUGACCAGUCAGUUGUUGUUUGGGACAUCGGAGGCGGUCAAGGAACUGCGUAUGAACUCCAAGGACACAGGAACAAAGUUAAUGCUUUGUGUUAUGCCUCAAUGAAGAAUAUUGUGAUAUCUGGAGGAGAGGAUAUGGUUGUUGUGUUCUGGGAUAUGAAUGUGCAACGAAAGGAGACUCCUGAGUGGGUUGUCUCAGAUACAUGCCAGUUAUGUUCAGUUCCAUUCUUUUGGAAUGUGCGUGCAAUGAUGGAUCAGCGGCAAUUAGGUUUACGUCAGCAUCAUUGCCGAGGUUGUGGGAAAGCUGUUUGUGAUAAGUGUAGUCAUUUUCGAUCAACGAUCCCAAUCAUGGGCUUUGAGUUUCCUGUGAGAGUGUGCCAAUCUUGUCAUUCAUAUCUACAAGAUGUUGACCGAAGCCCAUUGGCAAUAUUUCAUGAUGCAAAACAUAGUAUAGUUUCAAUGGACCUAGAUGAACCCUGCAAGCGACUACUGACGGUUGGUCAAGAUCGGCUGAUAAAAAUAUGGGAUCUAUCAGCAAUCCUAUAGUCCAAUACUCUCUUUAUUCUAGAUAACCAAUGAGGGCAGGAAUGUGAAAGAUUCAACGCAGUCAUACAUUUGAUGAAAAUCGCUAAAAUCUGGUUUUGUCAGGUGAGUCCACUGUUCAACACACUUAUCUAUUAUCUCACAUUCGUUCUUAACAUUGAAAAAUGGAAGGCAUUUAGACAUUACCAGUCCUUAAGUCAUGAUCUUGAGGUUUCGUACAUAUUAAAUUUUCAUGCCCUUGCUUAAAAUUUUUGGAAGUAUUUGUUGGAGGGUAAAUAAAAAGAUAAAGUCAAAAUCAUUUUUGUCAAUUUGCACUGGUGAAAGCAAAGUUGUUGCCAACGGUUUUUUUUGUUGUUUCUUGUUUGUCAUCCUGAAAUUGAACUCAUGUUAAGAUAAAAUUUGAACUGCAUUGCGGAUAUUUCAAAAAUCAUUAAUAAGUUACUAGAAUGAUCCAAAGACAAAUUAUUCUAUUGCACUGUAUUUACAAUAACCAGCAUGAUGGUGACAUCUGUUCUGUUUUCAAUUCAUUUCUUUGAUACAAAGGGUAUUCAUAGAGUAAGUAUGUAUUUGUAUUACCUUUGAAAGUGUUAAAAAUAAUUGAAACCAGUAACAAAUGACUCAUAUUCUCAGCUUUUCCAAAAAUCCUUGUUAUUUAAAUUUAGUUCACUGGUUAGGGAGAGACAUCAUUUUUCUAUGCUCACCAGCUCUUGCUGUAGCAUGUUCCAAUAUCCACACACUGCGGAGUGUGCUAGACAACCACAUCUGCUCUUCUUAAGAUUGUAACACAGUUAAUUUAUCCAACAUUGAAAGGUCUCAGGUUUUGGAUCGCCAUAUAUUACUUUUUGAGGUAAUCGUUGCUCUGUUGAAUACCCAUCUUACCAUGAUAGCAAUGUGGGGAUUCUACCUUAAAAAAAAUCGCUUAUCCUAUCAUUGCAACCAUUUCUUCGCAGCCUCUGGCAAUUCUGCAUCAACGGGAGGUCAUGGCCACCCAAGCUUCUUUGACCUCUUCUUCGACUGAGGAAAAAAAAUUGAAAGUUGCUUGGAACAAGGUCCGGUGAGUAUGGCAAAUGAGAAAAAAAGACCCCAUUUGAUUGAGGUUAACAAGACUUAAGUCAUGUGCACCUCAUGAAACGCACAAUGUUUUCUUGAAGGAAAAUAACUUCACAAGACCAAAAAUGUGGCCGUUUUCGCCUGAUUGCUGACCUGUUUUUUCCAAAUCUCAUAAUACCUGCAGCAUCGAUCAUUUAUCCUCUUUCCACUAAAUUCAUCAGCAAUAUUUCUGAACUAUUCCCCAUAAGGUGAAAAAAUAUGCUCGCCUGACGAGCUCUGCUUAGCUCACAUAGGCACAUAUUUUGGAUUCAUGGCAGUGAGAGAUGGGCGCAGAAAAAUGAUGUCAUUUGCGAGACAAAAUUUAAGAAACUAAAGCCCCUUGAAAAGCUGAGAGUAUGUCGUAUAAUACAUUUUUUAUAGACUUCAACUAUCUUUAUUACUUUUGUAGAAAAUACACAUUCAUACUUACAAUCCAAUCGGCCCUGGCAAGUGUUUAAGUCGGAUUUCUAAAGAAUUAUUCUGGCGCUAGGCCUUCGCAAAAGUUUCUGUGUACGUAGGCAAUAAAAACUCUGUAGCAGUAAAGAAAAUCCUUUUUCCUAAACAAGUGAAUAAAAUAUAUUUGGCUCAUCAUCCAUUCCUUUUUAUAGAAAAUUUCAAUUACAUUUAGACACAGAGUGAAAUGAGUACAUAUCUCAAAUGUUCCCAGUAAGAAGUUUUUAUAAUUCCAACUUCUUUUGUUUACAAGUUGAUGUUUAGCGUUCCUGCCCAAACUUGUAUUUUUAAUUGUGUAAAUUAAACAAAUUUUUAUUACUGCUCAGUUAAGAAAUUAAUUCAUGUCAAUAUUAUGUAUAUUGAUUAUCAAUGAAAUGAAACAUGCAAAACAUAAUUUGACGCUUGUCUGAUUUGUUUACUAAAUUAAAAUUUUCCUGCGCAUUCUAAUUCAAAUUCCCCAGAAACUUACAUCUUAAAAGAAGAUAAGCUGCCCUUUUUAAAGACGGAAAAGAUCCUACGUAACUAUACAAAUUGAAAAUUUUAAUGAGGUUCCAUGAAUACUGUUGAGUUACAUAUCUAAAAUAAAUGUUCUAAAGGAGGGAGAGUUCAUUAUUGUCUGCAUUGUGUUGACAAACAGCAAAACAGGCCUAUGAAAAAGCUUCAGCCUUUGUUCUAAUUGUGUUAGAAACUCCAACCCCUCCUCUUUUUUUCCUUCUCUGCGUACACAUAAGUAUGUAGGUACCCCAAUGCGCUGUUAACAACUAUUCAAUCAUAACUCCUUACUAGUUUUAACCCUGUUCCAUUGUUUUCAACCAUUUAGAUCAGUAUCACUCCAAUGUUUUAUCAUCGUUAUUUUAUCAUUCUUAAUGUAAUUUUAAUUCUGUUUGUAACCAAGUUGAUCAUUUGAUUUAAAUACCUCGCCUCCAAAAUUGUCGUUAUUAAUUUUUAAUUAGUUGUUAUAGCUGUUGUCUUUUAUCAUUGCUGUCCAUAAUUUAUUUGACAACUAGAUGUCUCUGUCUUCAGUCAUGUGCUCAUUUAUUUUUCUUCUUCUUUUACUUCUCUUUUUAGUCUAUUUACAACACCAGAACUGCAAGAAACUUUGACAAAUACUAAAGUCUUUGAUGAACGUUUAGAAUUGUUCCCUAUCAGCUGAUGUAGAAUCUUUCCCGUUGGUAUUCAAUCUCUCAAACUUUGAACAUUUUGUAUCAUCAUAGACAUUUUGCUCUUAUUUUUUUCUAAGCCUGCUUUUUGUUACAAGCAAACUUAUAGGAGAUAACAUUUUUACACCGUGUUAAAUGAAGAGGCACGAAGUCAAGCGCGGAGGUUCAGAGACUUCCGUAUUCUGCAACCGGUCCGGUAAAGGGAAAUGGAGCAACCCUGUCACUCCGGAAAUGGAAAAUAGCAAAAACCCUGUGAGAUUACUGAAAUUUGCGUUUCACAGCGUUUUAUUGGUUGAAAAGUCCAAUUUUGGGGGUGAAAGUUCUUUUAAUAGUCUUCAGACGGAAGCAAUCAUGAAUUUAGAUUAAAAAUAGGGGAAAGCUUGGAACUUUCUGCACACUUAGUUUAAGACGCGUUAAAACAGCAACACGAGCUGAUUGUCAGGCAGCAUAAGGAGCUUUAUAUGAUCAGUGCUAGCUGCGUAGGUACUCAGAUUAACCAUUACAAGCCUCCAAUUCGAUUCAUCAAGCGGCUUGACGAGCUGUCUGAACACCAAGUCACCUGUAGAGUGCAAUAAGUAAAACUUGAAGAAUAUGUACCUCUGUUUUGAAUAUCAUUAACUUCUUAUUACAUUUUAAUUCAAUGAGAGAAUACUAGCCAUUACUUUUUCCUUUUCUAGUCUUCAUUUUUAUUCACCGAGAGGAAUUAAGUCCGUCAUUGUAUGUAUCUUUUCGAUACAGCCUGCUUGGACUACAUUUCGCUAUUCGGAACUACAAUUUCUGGCUUAUCAGCAAAAACAUUCACGUGAUAAAUGGUACAUAUGUUGUUUCUAACUGAGGUAGAAAUUGUAGCUCCUAUUGAAAAGCAUAUGUAUAGUCUAUUUCAUCCAAUUAAAAGUUGAAAUGAGGGAGGCACAAAGGAUGACAAGAUUUUUUGGUUGAUCAGUCGCUGACUUCUCUUCUGAAAAAACAAAUCUCUUCAAAGGAGUCGAUUUCUUGUCAAGACUCAAUUUGAGUCAGUGGGAAUGAAAACACACCAACUUGGAAAAAUGAAAUUGUUCAAGAGACACAAAAACCUGCAAAGUAGGUGAUGAAGUUGGUCAAAGAAAAAGCUUUUUAAUGCCAUAAAGGACAUUUUGGGACACUUAAAAGGUCCAAGGCAGUGUUAGUGGGUUCUCUGUGUGCGAGAUCUGUAUGCUCUGCUGCUCUCCGUGCUGCUAUUGGCUGUGCGCCAUUCUGUGACGUCACGGACACGGAUAUUUUAUGAUAGGGAAGCAUUUGCCUAAAAGGUUUUUGUCCGUAACCGUGCAGGGAAUGUCCGCGCAGCAUGGAUAAAUCCGUACGCUUGGAAUCACUGGUCCAAGAAUACAUGAAUGUGCCAUCUUCGAUGGCUUUUAUGGAAUUUUGGCAUUUUUAAGCUCUGGAGUUGGUGUGUUUUCAUUCUCUUAGAUUCAUUUAUUAUCAUUUCUUUUGACGUAGGAUAUUCGUCUCUAUUGUAUAUCAGUCUUCAUCUAUCCAUCUAGAGCCAAAUCUCUCCUUUCUAGUAUUCAAUCAUUCAAUUAUAGUAAUCUUUCAGCUUAUAAUUCACUCAAAGUAAAUCUCUGAACUUGUGAUCUUUUAGGCAGAUCCAAAACUGUAGUAAGUCAAUCAAUUAUUUUCCAUCUCUGUCAAUUUAGUUCAGAUUACAUGCGUUUCCUCUGCUUUUACAAGGCACGUUAUUUAUAAAACUCUUUUUUCAAGGUCAAGGGAAUUUGGCCUGGUAACUCAGACCUGCAAUAUCAGUUAGUUAAAUUUUUAUGGAGAGUUAAUUGUGUUGAUAAUUCUUAAUUGGACAUGAUUCAUUUUCCUAGUAACGGCUAAAAGAAAUUGCUGGAAUGUCUGAUAUUUCCAUUAAAAAUUGUUCCAAGUCUUUAGUGCUUUAAAUCAAAGUUUUUAUACUCUCAACUAAUUUUGUGCCCAGCUGUAAUGGUUUCGCUGUCGUGCGUUAGUUGCUGGGCUAGUAAAACGUCUAUGUAGAUUCUAAAAUAUUUUUAGUUUUUCUUUUUCUUUAUUCCUUUUUUUUUUAGUGAUUUUAAGGAACAUUCGCAAAUGAAGUUCUAUUUGCUUAGUACAGCAGCGGCCUGAAAAAUAUUUUAAUCAUCUUGUUCUUUUAUUAUUUUACAGUGUACAUCAAUAAUAUACUCCUUUAAUUACAUUAACUGAUCAUAGUUGUUCCACAUAAUUUCAGAGUUGGCUUUAACGGAAGAUCUCCGCGUAUUUAUGUUAUGCUCUUUUUAUGUUCUGUGUUAAUUCAGUUUCAUUAUAAAUAUAUAUUUUUGUAUUAUAA